GUGACGUACUGGCACGAUUGGUCAAGUGGUGCGACAAAAUCGUCAUUUUGACAGUCUAUCGAUUGAUAGCUAGGCAACAUUCAUAAACCUCCUCGGGGUAUAUCCUAUCAUUCCCUUUCUCAUUUCGCCAAUUCGACUUCCAUCUUCAUCACUUACUCUGUUGUCCACGAAACGUUCACUCGACACUACUGGAGUUCAACAUGUCACCUCCCGAUUACACACUACUCAACGAGAGAGCCUCUCUCCUCCAUGAAAAGGCCGUCGUGGUAGAGACACUCCCUUACCCCGCCACCUACAGAGUGGUUCAACGUAAACGCUCAAGCUGUUGCAGCAGAGUCUGCUCCUUCGUUCUCAUCCUCCUCGCAACCCUACUUGCCAUCGGCUUCCUAGCCCGUGGCCGAAUAUUCAAUAGCAUAACUCGAGAAUGCGACAGAAUCUCACACCAAUACCUGGCAUAUUAUGAGGAUCCCGGUCACCAACAUCCUCUCCCACCAAUCGAUGAUUGGAAGCCAUUCGAAGGCACCACCCAUUUCGAACUCGACCCUGCCGAGGCCUCUGGUGUUGCGAUCAAAGGAUCCCAAGUCUUCGGCAAAGUCGUCUUCGACACCUCCAAACUAUCCGACAAAGUCGUGAUUGAUCUCGACAUCAAGACCAACAAGAAAGACGAGAACGGUGAUGUUGUGGUCAAGGAAGAAAAUGGAUUUCUCUCCAUCUACACACCCAAGGAAGGCGAACUCGAAACUCACACAGCAGUCAAGAUUCAGAUUCCUUCCAACAUCAUCGGAGCCUUUGGCCUGCCCAGAUUCCAAGUCGAUGCCCCUCGUCACAUGAUCGAUUACAGCGAACUCCCCGAAUCACUCGAGAUCGGCACCUUCGCCGUUCGGGUUGGCAAAGGCUUCGUAAAGCCCGGUCCAGUGCAUACCAACGAGACGAUCGUCGCGGUUGGAAGAGGUGUCAUCCGUGGAUCAUUGACCCAGGCCCGUGACACAACGAACAUCGACGUCGGCCGCGGAAAUGUCACCUUGACCAUCCCUACCAUCAGUUCAGGCGAAGAAGGCAAGACAUUCGUACAUCUCGGCAACGGCCACCUAAAGGGUGAUUUCGCCAUCUACAAUUCAACGUUCCUCGACGUCGCCCAUGGUUCGAUCUACGUGUCCGCCUCGUUCAAACAUGCCAAGACACGAGCUGAGUUCUCGACUAAGAUCGCAUCAGGCGACUCGAGGGUUUACGUCAAUUCAAUUGCAUCGGAGAGAUUGCUCAGGGCUGAUCAUACUUCUAUUGCCGGUGAUCAAUUGAUCACAUACCCGUCGAACUUCCAGGGAACGGUCGAUGCAAGAGGUAUUGCUGGCGAUAUCAAGCUUUCUGGAAAGGAACUCGAUGUUGAGAAGGUGGUUGGUGGUCUUGUUGGAAAGCAGGGUGACAGUGAGAGGAACUUGGUCAAUGUCAAGACAGUGAAAGGGGCUCUGGAUAUUCUCGUCGGUGACGAGUAAUUGCCAGCCUCGUCCGUCUUGGCCCUGGUUGGGAGAAACAUUAUGCUAUACGACUAAAGCAACGUAGCAAGAGCUGCGGUUUUUUAAAAGUCUUUUGAAGCGAAAUUGGAAAUGGUCCAAUAUGUAUUACCAGCGACUUUAUAUGAAUGAAUAUAUACCCUGAUGAUCUUUUAUA